AUGUGCGACGAAGAAGUGGCUGCACUCGUGGUUGACAACGGAUCCGGAAUGUGCAAGGCUGGCUUUGCUGGUGAUGAUGCUCCGCGCGCUGUCUUCCCGUCAAUCGUCGGUCGCCCUCGCCAUCAAGGGGUUAUGGUUGGAAUGGGGCAAAAGGAUUCUUACGUUGGUGAUGAGGCUCAAUCCAAGCGAGGCAUCUUGACGCUCAAGUAUCCAAUUGAACACGGAAUCGUGACCAACUGGGACGACAUGGAGAAGAUCUGGCAUCACACAUUCUACAACGAGCUUCGCGUCGCUCCAGAAGAACACCCAGUGCUUCUCACCGAAGCUCCACUCAAUCCAAAGGCUAACCGCGAGAAGAUGACUCAAAUCAUCUUCGAGACGUUCAACGCGCCCGCGAUGUAUGUCUCGAUUCAAGCCGUGCUCUCGCUUUACGCUUCUGGACGUACGACUGGUAUUGUGCUCGAUUCGGGUGAUGGUGUCAGCCACACGGUCCCAAUCUACGAGGGAUAUGCUUUGCCACAUGCAAUUCUGCGCUUGGAUCUUGCCGGUCGUGAUCUCACCGAUUAUCUCAUGAAGAUUCUCACUGAACGCGGCUACUCAUUCAAGACCACGGCUGAACGCGAGAUUGUGCGAGACAUCAAGGAGAAACUUUGCUACGUUGCUUUGGACUUUGAGCAAGAGAUGUCAACUGCUGCUUCAUCGUCAAGCCUUGAGAAGACUUACGAGUUGCCUGAUGGACAGCUCAUCACCAUUGGAAACGAGCGAUUCCGCUGUCCUGAAGCUCUCUUCCAGCCAUCUUUCUUGGGCAUGGAAUCGGCGGGAAUCCACGAGACUUGCUACAACUCGAUCAUGAAAUGCGACAUCGAUAUUCGCAAGGAUCUCUACGCAAACAACGUCUUGUCUGGAGGAACGACCAUGUACAGUGGAAUUGCUGAUCGCAUGCAGAAGGAGAUUCAAAGCUUGGCCCCGAGCUCGAUGAAGGUGAAGAUCGUGGCUCCUCCCGAGCGCAAGUACUCCGUGUGGAUUGGUGGAUCGAUUCUCGCAUCGCUCUCUACGUUCCAGCAGAUGUGGAUCUCAAAGCAAGAAUAUGAUGAAACUGGACCAAGCAUCGUUCAUCGCAAGUGCUUC